AUGGCUGCCACCACAUCUUGGGUACCCGCCGACGCCAAGGGCGACUUUACCAUCCACAAUCUGCCCUUUGGCAUCUUCUCUACCGGCUCUGAUGCACCCCGCGCCGGUGUGAGAAUUGGUGACAGCAUCGUCGAUCUCAAGGCCCUUGCCAGUGACCCUGCUGCCGCCAGCCUCAAGUCCAUCCAGAGCUCAGCGGCCAGCUUUGCUCAGCCCACGCUCAACGCCUUUGCCGAGUCAGGCCGCGCCACACACAAGGGUGUCCGCGACGAGCUGCAAGCCAUCCUCGGCGACAAGGACACGCUCCUCAAGGACAAUGAUGUUCUGAAGAAGAAGGUUCUUGUGCCCGUCAGCCAGGCCAAGAUGCACCUCCCCAUGCAGAUUGGCGACUACACCGACUUCUACGCCGGCUACCACCACGCUUUCAAGGUCGGCGUCCUGUUCCGCGGUCCGGACAACGCCCUGCAGCCCAACUACACCCACAUCCCCGUCGGCUAUCACGGUCGUUCUUCCAGUAUCGUCGUCUCCGGCACGCCCAUCCAGCGCCCCCGCGGCCAAAUCCUGACCAACCCCACCGCGCCCACGAAAGAACCCAUCACCAGCGCCUGCAAGCGCCUCGAUUACGAGCUCGAGCUUGGCUGCUUCAUCAGCAGAUCCACCAAGAUGGGUGACGCCGUCGGUGUCAAUGAGGCUGAUGAGUACAUCUUUGGUUACGUUCUGCUCAACGAUUGGAGCGCCCGUGACAUCCAAGCCUGGGAGUACGUCCCUCUCGGACCCUUCAACGGCAAGAACUUUGGUUCUAGCAUCAGCCCUUGGGUCGUGACUGGAGAUGCGCUGGAGCCUUUCCGUACCGAGGCUUUGGAGAACAAGACUGCUGUCCAGCCUUAUCUGCAGGAGACCCAGAAGAAGAAUGUCUACGACAUUAAGCUUCAGGUUACCAUCAACACCGACGGAAAGACUGAUGGCAACGUCAUCGCCGAGACCUCUGCCAAGAACCUCCUGUGGUCAUUCCCUCAGAUGGUUGCCCACCACACCUACGGCGGCUGCAAUCUGCGAGCGGGCGACUUUCUGGGCUCUGGCACCAUCAGCGGCACCGAGCUGCGCGAGCGCGGCAGCUUGCUGGAGAUGACCGAGGGCGGAAAGCAGGACUUUGAGAUUGGCCAGGGCAAGGUGCGCCGCUUCCUCGAGGACGGCGACAGCGUUGUCAUGCACGGUUACUGCGAGAAGGAUGGUGUCCGCGUCGGCUUCGGUGACGUUGAGGGCACCAUUCUGCCUGCCAAGGCCCUGUAA